CGCCUAUGGCACUGGAGGACGCAUCACCAUCUGCUAUCGAGAGAGUGGAUGUCUCUAGCAGCAUGUACCUGGACAAUUUGGCCGCUCUGGCUGUUGCAUCUGGCCUCCGAGCCGAAAAUCUUCGAGUUUCCGUCGACUCUUCCUCCGGAUGGUCGUCCCAAGUAUCGCCUGCCAGCUUGGCAGUCGGGUCCGUCAAGCGAGAAGCAGAGACUCCGUUUGCGCGUACCUCAAGUUCCUCGGAAAGUAUCGAAGACGAAGUGUCAGGAGUGGAGCGAUCUCCUACCCCUCGCAAAACGCGUCCGUCGUCGCCGCACCGACCACACAUCUGUCGAGAAUGCAAGAAGGGUUUCACCACCAGUGGACAUGUAGCCCGUCAUAUGAGAAUUCACACAGGAGUGAAACCUUACCCAUGCCUCCUCCCGGAUUGCCAGGCUCGCUUUUCCCGCCAAGACAAUAUGAUGCAGCACUAUCGCACCCAUCUUCUCAAGCUUCAGAAGAGCACCGCUUCUACGACCGGAUUCGUAGUUGAACUGAAGAACCUCAAGUCUUUGGCUGAUAAAGGUGUCAAACAAGCCGAAAAGCCGUCCUCCUCCGUGUCUACCCGAUCAAAGAGGAAGAGGCAGACCGUCAAGAGCAAGGUGAACUCACAACCCACGGCACCACGGAAAGCUCGAGCCAAACCUGUCCAAGGUGGAUCGGACCAAAGCGGGCGUUCCCCGGAGGGUAGCCAAAGCGGAUACCCGUCAUUGACUGAACAUGUCCGCCCUAUCAUGGACAUGACACCUCCUCCGUCUGCACGCAAGACCCGUUCUUCUGGCAGGGAGGAGAACUCGCGUGGUGUUGAUACUCCCGUACAAAUGUCUUCCAGGCGUAAGACUGCGAAACGCGCAAGGAAGGCGCGAGAAUAG